AUGUUCAUGUCUCUCGGAAACAUUUGCUGGUCACCCAUUACAGAAGGAGUUUUCAGAAAAUUGGUAACUUAUAAAAUGGUUUCAGAUAACUGGGCCAUUGACAGCAGUACCUUUUCUAACUGGAAUGUGGGCCAGUCCCUAGUCCCAAGAGCUGUAGGCUGCCAGAAGAAAAGACAGAUUACAACAGACUUUGUCACAUUCGAUUAUAUAUUAUGUAUGGAUGAAAACAAUCUGAGAGAUUUGAAUAGAAAACAUAAUAAAGUUAAAAACUGCAAAGCUAAAGUUGAACUACUUAGGAGCUGUGAUCCACAGGAAGAACUCUUUAUUGAAGUUCACUAUUAUGGCAAUGACUCUGAUUUUAAGUUGGUGUAUUAG